UCGAAUGCACUUUUGCUAGAUGGCGGUAACGCGCACACGCGACUAAAAACGAAGAAGAGAGCCUCGUGUGUUUUCCUACCGUACAGACCCUCACGUGGAGGUCCACACACGGAGAACAGAACCGAACCUCGACGCAGACAUGGCGCACUCAGACGGCAUCACAAAGCCGAAGACGAGGCGCUCCAAGCGCUUCCUGGAGACCCGAGAACCCAAACUGUUGGAGAACGUGAAGAACGCCAUGAUCAUGAAGGGGGGCAACACCAGUCAGACGGUCACUCAGGCGCUCAAAGACAUCUACUCCCUGAAGAAACCCAACGCUGUUCUCUACAAGAAGAAGAACAUCACUCGACCUUUUGAAGACUCCACGUCUCUGGAGUUUUUCUCCAAGAAAAGCGACUGCUCUUUGUUCCUGUUCGGCUCCCACAACAAGAAACGGCCCAACAACUUAAUUUUUGGUCGACUCUUCGAUUUCCACGUUCUGGACAUGAUUGAACUUGGAGUUGAGAAGUUUGUCUCCCUAAGUGAAUUUAAGAUCAGUAAAUGUCCUGAGGGAACCAAACCCAUGCUGGUCUUUGCUGGAGAAGCUUUUGAAAUGGACAACGAGUUAAAACGCCUCAAAAGUUUGCUAAUAGAUUUCUUCAGAGGUCCUACCGUCCCUGCGGUCCGUCUGGCCGGUCUGGAACACGUCCUGCACUUCACUGCUGUGGAUGGGAAGAUCUACCUGCGCAGCUACAGAUGUCUGCUGAAGAAGUCCGGCUGCAGGAUCCCGAGGAUCGAGCUGGAGGAGAUCGGGCCGUCCUUUGACCUGGUGCUGAGAAGAACUCACCUGGCCUCGGACGACCUCUACAAGCUCGCUCACAAGCAGCCUAAAGCUCUGAAGCCCAAGAAAAAGAAGAAUAUUUCCCAUGAUGCCUUUGGUACCAAGUUUGGCCGGGUUCACAUGCAGAAGCAGGACUUGUCCAAGUUGCAGACUCGUAAGAUGAGGGGCCUGAAGAAGAGGAAGGGAGAGGUGGUGGCUGAAGAGGAGCAAAGAUCUGAGCCUAAAGUGGCCAAAACGGAGAGCUGAAGGCGUUUCUCCACCAAGAUGAUUCGUAAAGGACAGAAAGUUGUUAGUGGAGUUUUUCUGACCCCUUUAGGUUACGUGAACGACAGCAGAGCAUUUCAGUCCCUCAGAUUACAGCUUUUCAUUUUUUCAUAUUAUGCUUUAUAUUACUGUAGAUUAAAAAAAUACAUUUUGAAAGUGAAUGUAUUACUUUUUUCCUAUUGUAAACAUUAAUUAAUCUUCAGAAGCUCGUCAGUUUUUACAUUAAGUGAUAAAUAUGAUGUAUUGAUAAACUCUGUGAUUUUUGUAAAAGUUUGAGAAAAUAAAUUCGAUGCGAUGAAUGUCUCCGCAGAGGGGUGUUAACAGAAA